UCAUUAGUAGGCACAAGUUAAUUCGAAACAACCUGGUACAAAAAUCCAAUAUUGUAAAACUAAAUAUAAACUUGUGAGAAGUAGCAAUCAGUUGCCAAAGAGUCCAAGAAUGAGACAGCAAUUGAGAAAGUUAUCAGUAUCAAUGUUGAAUUCUCCAAACAAAUUCAAACUCGAUAAUAGGACAAGGAAACAAUCUUGUACAAUCAUCAGAUCUAGAUAUAAGUUGACCAAAAAGGCUUAUAUGAUGAGAUUAGAUCCACAGAACAGCAUUAUUAAAAAUACUAAGUUUAAAUUGAUUAGGAGUGGUAAGUUGUCACAAAGUACAAAUAAUUCAAGUGACAAAUUGAAGAAAACGCCGAUGUUAGUACGAAAAAAGAAGUUUACCAAACGCAAUUUGGUAAAAAUCAACAAGAGGAAGUUACAGAAGAAUAAUAUUCCUUGUGAAAUUUACAACAAAAGAGGAACCUGCAAAGGCCUGGCAAAUGGAAAGUGUUCAAAGAAACAUGAUCCAAAUCAAAUACAAAUUUGUGUCUGGUUUUUGCAAGGGAUUUGCCGAGAUGACAAAUGCACGUUAUCGCAUAAAGCAUCGCCUGAAAAGAUGCCAACUUGUAAAUUCUACUUGGAAGGGAUUUGCCACAAGGAUAACUGCCCGUAUUUACAUGUCAAGUUGAGUAGGAAUGCGCCAGUGUGUCGGGACUUCAUCAAUGGUUAUUGUGCGAAAGCACGCGAGUGUGAUAAACGACAUCAAUUUUUGUGUCCGGACUUCGAGCGCGAUGGGAAAUGCAGCAAGAAGUUGUGUAGGUAUCCACACGGCAAGGCGGUAAGACAAUACAAAGACACGUUGCUGAACGUUAUCGCCAGAAACAGAAAAUCAAAGGUGCAGAGAAAAGGCAAAGCGCAACCGGUGAAUAAUAAAGUUCGUGCGCAUGUUAAAACGGAGAAUAAACAAGAUAACGUCGAUAAUAAGCGAUAUUAUGAAUGCCCAUCAAGUGUUGCUAAUGGUGUAAGUAACGUGGGGGAAAAUGUUGAAGAUUCGGAGGAAAUCGAAGAGGUUGGUAGUAUUUUCGAUCGGCCGAAACUUGGCGCGUUGCCUUCGUUCAUUUCGCUGUGAUCUUUGAUUUUUUGCUGCUGGUUACGCGCGCUUAGAUGAAAUUUACAAAUAUCUAUUGAUUUACUUAUUAUUGCUUGAUGAAUAAGGACUUAUUAUAUUUUUAAAUAUAUAUUGGUUUAAAAUAAAGUUAUUUUCAAUUAA